CGGAGGCGCCCGCAGCGCCCCGGCGGGGCGGCGGCGCGGGCGGGCGCGUCCCGGUGUGCCAGCGGUGCCCGGGGCAGACGCCGCCAUCGGCGCCCGCAGCGGCGCUCCGCGUGACGUCACGGCGAAAGGAGGCGCCGAUUGGCCGGCGCGGCCCGGCGCCUUCACGUGUCCGCCCGCCAUUGGUUCCAUGGCGGAGCCGCGGCGGCGCGCGCGGCGGUACCGCUUCGAGGAGGGUUCGGCGGCGCUGGCCGUGCGUGUGCCCGAGGUGCUGGACUCGCAGUACGGGCUGUACGCGUGGCCCAGCGCCGUGGUCCUGGCGCAGUACGUGUGGGCGCAGCGGCGGAGCCUGCCCGGCAGGCGAGUGCUGGAGAUCGGAGCCGGUGUGAGCCUGCCGGGCGUGGUGGCCGCCCGGUGCGGCGCGCAGGUGACCCUGUCGGACAGCGAGGAGCUGCCCUGCUGCCUGCAGAGCUGCCGCCGCAGCUGCCUCAGCAACCGCCUGCCACACGUGCCCGUCAUCGGGCUCACCUGGGGCCGCGUCUCGCCAGAGCUGCUCUCUCUUGCUCCUGUAGACGUUAUUUUAGGCUCAGAUGUCUUUUUUGACCCCAAAGACUUUGAAGAUAUUUUAACUACAAUUUACUUCUUGCUGGAGAAGAAUCCACAUGCUCAGUUCUGGACUACUUAUCAAGUCCGAAGUGCUGACUGGUCUAUCGAGGCUCUGCUCUGCAAAUGGAACCUGAGGAGCAUCCACGUCCCCCUGCACUCCUUCGGUGCAGACAAGGAGCACUUGGCCAGCUCGUCUCUCCCAGGAAGGCACACAAUCGAAAUGAUGAUCAUCUCACUGGCACAGUCAGAGGGCACUUCAGUUUAUUCCACUUUAGGUUCCAGUACAAGGUGAUACUCAGCUGUUCUGAUCUGCAGAAAACAGUCCUGUUUACAGCAAACCUUGUGUAUAUUUCUGGGAAGCAGUUAAUUCUUAAAACGUGCAUUGUAAAAAUAAAGCUGUUUGUUUUUUUCCAGCUAUGGCUUAUGAGAAAUUUGUGCUCCUCCCCAAAGCCCAUGAAAUAGUUCAGAGACUCAAUUCCAUUGUGUCAAGCCACUACACAACACAGCUUUACCUGGAAAUCCAUGAGAUCCAACCUAAAUCCACAACUUCAGCAAUGGAAAGGUAACUGCACUCUUUCAAAUUAAAAACCAGCCCCAUAAGAGCAGUUUCCCAGGACUGGGAAUCCUGGGAUCCACGUACAAAAGCCAGCCCCUUGGUUUGUAAACGAGUGUGUGUAGACUGUGCUAACCUGGAACAUACAAACUCCCCAGUUUGUAGAAAAGUACUUUUAAUCCUCCACAAAAGCCAUACUGCCAGUGUUCAGAUGUUUCCAUUCCCAUUUAACAUACAUGCAUAAAAUUAACAAGGCAUUACAAUAACCCUUGACACAGGAUGGUUGAAGUUACAAUUCAAUUGGUACCAAAUCAAGAAAAAUCAUCACAGUAAGAUCAGCCCCCAUCAAGCAGCAGCCUGGGCAAGCACACAGCAAUGCAGUUUAGUACUGCUCAGUGUGGACCUUCCAAAACACCCCAGGACCUGGCUGGGUCAGUGUUCACAGCCUGGUGUGCAACACUUGCCACACAACAUUGGGUUAGUCACAAUACUAAUUGAGUUUGCCCACAGUAAUUUAAAAGCAACCCCGGUGGAUAAAAUUUAUAAGCAGUAGAAUGCAUUCAGUCACUAUACAGAAGUUAAACAUAGACAGUAUAAUUGCAGAAAUCUUUUCAAGCUAAAAAUAAGCUGACCCAAGACAUUAAGUUGAGAAAAGUUAACACAGAAAAAUGUUUAAUAUUAACUACAGAGACAGUGGGUAUAGUACAGAAUGUCUUAAGCAAAAGAUACACCAAUCAGUACUUACAAAGGAAUGAACCAUUUCUGUUCUUAACAUUACAUUUCUCAUAUGUAAGUUCAUAUAUGUAGGUUGGUAAGUUUUACCACUCUGGAAAUAAUAAGGUGUGUAUAUCAUCAGCUAGAUGUGCUCACUGUAUGCUCCAUAUUUUUUACGCAAGGCCCGGGUGACUGGAAGUGCAGUUGUCAGGCAUUUUAAUUAACUGGACAGCCAUUUGUUUCUGCACGACAAGGCAUCGUUACACAGGAGCAAUCAGGAGACAACAGGAAACAGCCAAGCACUCUGCACUGCAACACGCCACCUUAACAGCUAACCAGCAUUACUCAACUGCUACACAACUGCGCCUAGUGCACAAAAAUACAUAAGAGAAGAGAUUAGAAUUGAGUCUGAUAAAACAAUCCUUUCAUAUAUCAACUGUCACCUGAAAAGAUUUCUAUCAAUUUUGAAUUUGAAGAUAACUAUUUUAAUGCAAAGUUGUUUUUUCUUUAAAAAAAAAAAAAAAAAA